AUGGGCGCCGACGGCAACGUCAAGGAGGUCGUCAAGAAGAAGAAGCGCGACGCCUCCGGCAAGGUCAAGGAGGCCGCGCCGGAGCCCGCCGACGCGGCGCCGGCGCCGCCGAAGGCGCCGCUGAGCGCCGAGGAGAAGGCGGCGAAGCGGGCGCGCAAGGAGGCGAAGCGCGCGAAGCGCGAGGCCAAGGCCGAGAAGCGCGCGGCCGCGGCGGCCGCCGCGAAGCCCGCGGCCGCCGCGCCCGCGGCGGCGAGCGCCCCGGCGCCCCGGGGCGCGGCGCGCGCGUCGAGCGCGUCGAACCCGUCCGGCGUCACGCGCCUCUUCGUGGGGAACCUGCCCUGGAGCAUCACGGACGACGAGCUCGCGAGGGCGCUCGGCCGCGAGUCGCUGCCGGUGAUCAAGUACAUCACGGACAAGGAGAGCGGCAAGUUCUACGGGUCGGCCUUCGUCGACGUCGGCGGCGACGCCGCCGCCGCCGCCGCGGCCGUCGCGCGGAACGGCGACUCCGUCGGCGGGCGGCCCAUGAAGGUGGCCUACGCGCCGCCGCGGCCGGGCGACGUCUGGCCGCCCGUCGCCGGCGACAGCAACGCGCGCAAGGGCACGACGCCCCGCGAGCGCACGCCGCGGCCCGAGGGCGGGAGCCACAAGCUCUUCAUCGGCAACAUCGCCUACGAGGCCACGGACGACGACGUCGCCGCGGUCUUCAAGGACGUCGCGCCCGAGGGCCUCAGCGCCGUGCGCUGGGUCACGCACAAGGACACGGGCGACUUCAAGGGCUGCGGCUACCUCCAGUUCCACACCGUCGAGCAGGCGGACGCGGCCGUGGAGCUCAACGGCGCGAAGCUCCACGGCCGGCCCAUCCGCCUCGACUACGCGACCUAG